AUGGUAGCCAGUUAUAAUACUGGCAAUCCAACCUUUCAAUCCAUCUCCUAUGGACCUCAAACUCAAAAGAUUUAUAUUGCUGGAGGUUCAAAGAAAACAAUCUAUCAACUCUCUGGCAGCACCAUAGUUCAAUUAGUGAGUACAUCAGAUAAUGCUGAUUUGCUCACAGAGGCAUCCACUACGGAUGGUACAGCUGCUUCUUAUUUUGAUUUAGGAUAUUUUGCCGCAAUAGGAAAUACAGCAUCUCCAAUUUCAUAUUAUUUGUGGGAAGGAACAAGCGGCAGUACAGGUACAGGAACAAAUUAUGGAAAUACUGGUACUGGACUUUAUGGUUUAAAGAUUUCCAAUAUUCAGCUAGGGUCCAAUCCAUCAGGAAUGGAGUACAAUCAAACAUACUUUAUGACCAAGAAUUCAGGAACUGUUGUUUUUGGUGUCACUCAAAAAGCUCCAACAAAUUCGACGACUCUCUUUACUGGAACGAGUACAAGUUCAAGUACUGAUGGAGCCAUAGGUACUGCAAGUGUGAAUGUACCCGGAACUGACAUUCAGGACCUUCAAUAUUACAAUGAUCAGCUCUUCUUUAUGGAGCCAAACAAGUUGAGAGUUUUCUCACCAGUAAGCAAUCCAAGUGGAGCCACAAUUACUACACUAUCCACUUCAUUUGGUUCUCUUCCUGCCUUCAUAUCCAUUUUCAAUAAUUACAUUUUCGUUUCUAAUGCGAACUUAAUUCGAGUGUAUGAUAUUUCGAACAAUAUUCUUGCAACCAUUGCUGGUAACGGAGUCGUUCCUUCAUCGGUUUCCACCAUCACAACCUCAGCAACCUCUGUGGCCAUUGAUCCCAGAGGAAUUGUUGUGACCAGCAAUGGCAUUAUUUACUUUGCAGAAGGUUAUUACAUUAAAAAAUUGAAUCCUGUAUGUGAUACCAAUGAAGAUGUGGCCACCAAUUCGUUCCCUCCUUGCACAUGCAAAGCAGGUUAUACGAGAAGUACAUUUAACGGAGCUUGUACUCCUACAUGUACUCCGUCUUGUCAAAAUGGAGGAUCUUGCACUUCUCCAAAUACUUGUACUUGUGUGGGAUCAUGGACCGGUUCGCAAUGUACCAUUCCAAAAUGUAAUGGAAUUGCUCAAGGUCAAUCAGGAGUUUGUAACAAUCAAGGAUCUUGUGAUGGACCUGAAAAUUGUCGUUGCAACUCCAAUUAUGGAGGUCAAUAUUGUAACAUUCCAAAGUGUUUUGGAAUAUUAGGUAAUUUGACGUCACAAGUGUGCAGUGGAAGAGGUAGUUGCAAUUCUCCUGACACAUGCUCAUGUUCAGGAUCAUGGGGUGGUAACCAGUGUCAGUUGCCAACUUGUAAUGGAUAUACACAAGGCCAAGCAGGAGCAUGUAAUGGAAGAGGAUCAUGUGAUGGACCUGAAAUUUGUCGAUGUACAGAUUCCACAUCCUGGGGAGGUCCAUAUUGUCAAUAUCCAAAAUGUAAUGGAAUUUUAUCCAACGACAUUUUAACUGUUUGCAACGGAAGAGGUACUUGUAAUUCACCAAACACUUGUGUUUGUAACUCAAAUUGGGGUGGCACAUAUUGUGACUUGCCAAAAUGUAAUGGUAUUUUACAAGGGCAAGCGGGGAUUCGUCAUCAUGGGGAGGUCAAUAUUGUGAGCUUCCAAAAUGUAGUGGAAUUUUACAGAAUCAGACAGCUUUGGUGUGUAAUGGUCAAGGAAGCUGCAAUGCUCCAAAUGUUUGUGUUUGUACCUUUCCUUCUCAAUGGGGUGGCUCAAACUGUGAUAUACCAAAAUGUUAUGGAAUUUUGGCUAAUAUGA